AUGCCGACCGUCAACGCCUCCCUCGCCGACGUCGGCGUGACGCCGUCGAUGCUUGCCGAUUGCGCCGACCUUGACGAGGAGUGGGCGGCUAUCAAGCGAGCGUACUUCAAGAAGGUGCUCAAGACACACCCCGACAAAGGCGGCGACCCGGCAGUCUUCCGCAAGACGCAGUCGGCCUUCGAGUCGCUCCGCUCGCUGUACGACGGCGCUUCGCCCGGCUUCUACUUUGCCUCCUGCGGCGAUCAGACCGCCGGCGCCGCGGCAGCCUCGGUCGGAGGUCCGGCGAUGGACACGCCCUCGUGGGAGUUCUACGCAGAGGCGGCGGCCGAGGCGGUGCCGCUCUACCGCGUCGAGCGCGCGAAGAGCGGUCGGUCGUUGUGCAAGGCGCAGGGGUCGGCGCGCCAUUGCGGCGCCGAGGAGUGCAUCGCCAAGGCGCGCCGAGAGACUCUUCCGCCGAGAGCACCGUUGCGGAGGAGCAGCCCGCCGCUCCACCCGCGCUCUGACUCCGCCCUCCCGCCCUCCCUCGCCAAGGACGAGCUGCGGGUCGGCUGGCUCGACUCGGAGAGCGGCUCGUACGGCGGCUGGGUCCACCUCAAGUGCUGGCGCGUCCCCAACCGUGUCUGGCUCGGCCUCCCGGACCCGGCGCGCAUCUCCGACGUCGCCGCGUUCACGCGCGCGCUCCUCUCGAUGGGGGGCGUGCUCCUCUCCGGCCUCGCCGCCCUUAAGCCCGACGAGAUGCGCCAGCUCGCUCGCUUCUGCUCCAACUCCGCCAACUGGGCUCGCCGCGUCGGCGGCGGCACGGGCCUCAGCCUGGGCAAGGACAAGGUGACGGCGAUGAUUCAGGCCUUCGGAGGACGCGUCACGAGCGCAAUCUCGGGCAAGACCGACGUGCUCCUCGUGGGCAAGGAGCCGGGGUACGCCAAGGUGUCUCAGGCGCAGGGGCGAGGCGCGCUCGAGAGGAGGGGGCCGGCGAAGCACUUGUUUGGCCGGCCGAAUGACCGUCAGGGCUGGGAUCCCUCGAGCCGGUCUGCCUCGUGCGCCGGCACGACGACGGUUCACAUCGAAGACUUUUCGGCGGGGUGGCGCGGCAACGGCCUCGCCGGGCGGCUGGGCCACCGCGCCUCCUCGUCCAAAGCGAUCGGCUCCCACUCCUCCGCGAGGAAGGAAGUCGUGCCGCGCUCCGCCGCGUCGCGACCUUGCAUCUGCGGGCGGGGGCAGUCGGCGGGCAAGGACAAGACCGCGCCACAGUACACGGCGGCGCCGCUCGAGACGAUCCUCGUGGCGACCCUCAAGCCGUCCCGCUUCCUGCUGCCGCCGGCGGCACUGCCGUACCGCGACGAGCUCGGCAGGCUGAGCCUCGCGCUGCUGCGACACGGCGUGGAGGCGGGGGAGGUGGCCGCGCCGGAGGCGACGGUGGCGACGCUGCGCAAGUGGCUGAGGCACGCCGAGAAGGAGGUCGCCAAGGGAGGGCACGAGUGGACGCGCACCGAGGAGGGCGACGCGUGGGCCGGGCCCGGUGGCGAGGGCAACGAGGAGCGGCCGGCGAAGCUUUCCCGCGAGGUUCUCGUGUGA